AAGCCGUCUGUCGCCAUUCUUAGCAAUGUCUAUCUACGCUCCCCUCGAGCAAGGCGAAUUCCGACUCCUUAAUCUGGCCUCCGGAUUAUGGGACGAGGAUAUCGAAUGCGGACUUAUUCAAAUACCACUCAGAUACAAACCCACUUUCGACGCUCUCUCUUACGCUUGGGGGUCCCCUGAAGCUAUUCGAUCUGUUGGAUUGAAUAGUUGAAACCGUGCGAGUGAAGAGAGAACGCGGCUUGAUUUUGAAAGAGUGUCUGGCAGCGAGCUUUAUAUACAUGAAGAGGUGGAGCAGUCAUGUGCUCGCUUAUAGAAAGUAACAGGGUGUUGAGACAACGAAAAAGUAAAGUGAAUAUAGAGAAUCAUGCAUGAAGAAAUAUGGCCU